UUAAGUCAUCUGGGAAGGUGGUUUACUUCACAGCCACGUUUCCUUAUGUGGUGCUCGUUAUCUACCUCAUCAGGGGUUUGACUCUUCCUGGUGCCAUCCAUGGUAUCACAUACAUGUUCACCCCCAAGAUGGAAGAACUGGCCAAUCCGACUGCAUGGAUAAAUGCUGCCACUCAGAUUUUCUUUUCUCUGGGUUUGGGAUUAGGGUCGCUCAUAGCGUUUUCCAGCUAUAAUGACUACAACAACAAUUUUGAGCGACAGUCGAUCAUUGUCACCCUCAUCAACAGCGGAACCUCCAUUUUUGCUUCCAUCGUCACCUUUUCCAUCUAUGGAUUUAAAGCCACAGUUAACUAUGAGAACUGCCUGGAGAGGACGCGCAUAGUGCUGCUAAAUACCUUUAAUCUGGCAGAGGACACCAUCAACAAAAACAAUGUGCUUGACUGGAUUAAAAUACUCAAUUCGACAUACCCGGAGCAGUUUGCUGAACUUGGCAAUCAACUGGAAACCUGUGACCUAAAUGAUGAACUAGACACGGCAGUCGAAGGGGUUGGUCUUGCUUUCAUUCUGUACAGUGAAGCCAUUCAAAACAUGCCCCUGCCUCAGAUAUGGUCAGUGCUGUACUUCUUCAUGCUUCUGAUUCUGGGACUAGGUAGCAUACUGAGCACCGUGAGUGCCAUCACCACGUCACUGCAAGACUUGAAGAUACUUUCUAAAGUUAGCACUGAGGUGUUAAAUGGGAUACUGUGUCUAAUCUUUCUGCUGUUUGGCCUGCCCUUUACCACCCCAUCUGGAAAUUACUGGUUUACCCUAUUCAAUGAAUACGGAGCGUCUUUGGCCAUGCUCUUUGUUGUCCUCAUCGAGAUUGUAAUGGUCAGCUACCUUUAUGGGAUUAAAAGGUUUGAAAAAGACAUAGAAGACAUGCUUGGCCACCGUCCGAACUGGUACUUGAAGAUCAUGUGGAUGGCAGUCAGUCCUCUUCUCUUAAUGUUCCUCUUCAUCUUCUACAUUGUCAACUAUAUAAGAGGAGGGACACCCACCUACCAAGCAUGGGACAAGGAGCUGGGAAAGACGGUGGUGGCGGACUAUCCUGUUUUUGGUCAAGUCUUCAUUGCCAUCCUGUUGGUGUCAGUCAUCAGCUGUGUUCCCCUCACAGCUCUCCAUGUGUACUGCAUGAACAGGAAACGAUCUAGUUCAAUCAAGAAUAGCCAAUUGGAAUGUGCUGCAGCCAUAAAAUUCUAACUUAAUGAUUAUUUGGUGGACUUGCUCACAAAAAAAA